AUGGGAGGUGCAGCGGUGUCUUUUAAAGAGGAAGACACUGUGUUCAAAUUGUUAGGUGGUAUUACAAGAAGAUUCGUGAGAAGGUACGGAAAUGAUCUGUCAACUCCGGUUGUCUUGAAAGUCCCUAGCGGUGCAAAAUGGGAAGUAGAGCUUGUCAAACAUGAUGGUGAGAUUUGGUUACAAAAUGGCUGGCAAGAAUUUCUGAAGUAUUACUCCUUAGACCAUGGAUUCUUCCUAGUUUUUAAAUACAAUCAAAGAAAUUAUAAUUUCAAUGUGAUCAUAUUUGACAAAAGUGCUAUAGAAAUAGACUAUCCGAGGACUGAUUUUGCAUUAAGGAAAAGAGGCAUUUCUUGUCAGAGACGGUCAUUAGACGAGUUUGGGUUCAGAAUAAAACCAUUAACUGAUGAGGAAAAGGCUAAAACACUUGAUAGAGCAAUGACUUAUUUUAAAUUUGAAAAUCCAUUCUUCAUUAUUGCAAUGAAGCCAACAUAUGUACAUCCUGCACAUAAAUUGGCUAUACCAGCUAGCUUUGCCAAGAAAUAUUUUGUUAAGCAAUGUGAUAUCGCCAUCCUCAGUACUGUGAAUGGGAAGACAUGGUCUGUUGAGUACAAUCAUGAUUUGACCAAUAGAAAAGCAACAACUAGAUUGGGUCAUGGCUGGAAACAAUUUGCAUGUGGAAAUCAUUUAAAAGUUUGUGAUGUUUGUGUAUUUCAACUAAUAAAUCACCCGAAAACUACAUUGAAUGUUGUCAUUUUUCGAUGUAAGAAGGAUUCAAAGAUUAAUCCAUCACUCAGAAACAACAAGCAAUUGAAACAGAACAAGAGUUCUCACAACAGUAAAUUUAUGCAAAGGCAUUCAUGCUCAAAGGUUUCUGAAGCUGUUGAAGUUGCCAACAGAUUUACCUCCUUGAAUCUAUUCUUUGAAGUGAAUAUGCGCCAUUACCAUCUGUUUCUCACGGAACUUACCAAGAAAAGGGAAGAGAAUGUAAUUUUACAGUUCGGAAGGAGACAGUGGCCUGUAAAACUAAUAAUCUACCGUUCUCAUCGAGGCUGGUUCUCUGAAGGAUGGGCUUCAUUUGCAAAGGGAAACUCACUACAAGCUGAAGAUGUUUGCGUAUUUGAGUUGGUUAACCGUAAAAUUCUGUUACUAAAAGUCUCCAUUUUCAGAAAUGUGAAGUAACUUGUUCAAUCCCAUCUUGGAUUUCUUUUCUUUUUGGAGGAUAUAUUCAUCAGUCGUCACCGAUGCAUUGCAACGAAAUAAUUUUUGUAUUGCUAUUUAAUUUGUUUUGUGUUGAGACUUG